AUGUCCGCUCCCUCGCAAAACAUUAUCGUACAGCGGGCGACCUUCUUGGCCCCGGCUGCCCCCAACCCCGCCGCAGGCGGCAAGGCUCGUGCGCUUCGGCGCAAAGAGAAAAAUAAAAUCAAGGUGAAGCAGAUGAACAAGAAAAAGUUCGAGAAUGGCUGUGCCUCCGUCAAGGAGUUGUUGGACGAGGCUGAGCGCCUCGAUAAGGCUGCUGCUGUUGAGGAGGAGGAGGCGCGGAAGAAGCGGGCCCGCGCUGCGAAGCUGCGGGUGGCGGCGGCAGCGAAGGGGGAGGAGAAGAAGAAGGAUAAGAAGGACAAGAAGGAGGAGAAGAAGGAGAAGGAGGAGGAAGAGAAGGAGGGGGGGGACAUGCCCCUCCGCUUCAAGGAGGAAGGGGAUGAUGAUAUGGUUGUCGAUAAGUAG